UUAAAUAAAAUGAUGCACCAGUCACAAGGAAGAAAAGGGCAACUGUAUCAUCAUAUGAAUUUUGAUAUAAUAUUUGUCAAAACAUUAACUUCCUUUUAGAUUCUUUACUUUAAGUGGACUACUAACUUGACUUCUUCAAGCGGAGAUUGGAUACAGUGAGUGAAAAAUCGGCGGAAGCAAAUAUUGUUCACUAUCUAGAGAAAUCUCGGCAAGAGCAUAUAAUCAACAUGAACCAAACUCUCCUCGUUGUUUUAACGUCGAUCUUGAUGAUAACAAGCUUUUGUAAACUCUCAGAAUCGUAUCAGCUAAACAAGAAAUUGACUGCGAGGCUGAAAAGCAAAACAUCUUUGAUAAAAUCGUUCUCACCUGCGAAUUCCAGUGAUAUAAUAACAUCGGGUAAUAAAUUUGCUGUGGAUGUUAAGAAAUAUUCUGGACAACGAGUCAGUUCAGGUGAAUGUGAGUUGCAAGUAGAACAGGAGUCGGAAAAAAUGUUUACACAUGCCAUUUUGAAACACCAUUAUAACUUUAUUCAUUUGAAAUUGAAUUUUGUAGACUUUAAUGUAAAUGAAACAAAAAAGGUGAUAAAUAAGAAUGACUGGAUUUGGACAUAUAAAGGGGAGAAUGGGGCGCAUCAGUAUCUUUACCUACCAGGAGAUUUUGGUUACCUGUCUUUUGGAUUACUCUGGUCUUAUACUCGUCUUGAAAAGAUACCAAUUGACAUCAGGAAAACAGGGGAAUGUAGGGAUCUUAAAAUUGGUGUCAACGAAACUGAUUACCUCAUUGGAAAUGCAUUAGGUGAAAUGACUUCAAAGCUAGCAGCUGCUGACGAUAAUUUUAAUUCUAGUUACUGGUGCUACAACAAUCGUGUCUGGUUACAUUCAUGGUUUCUUUAUUAUGCAUGUAAGAACUCGGUGUGCACAUUUCAAACUUUUGAAUACCGUUGCUGCAAAUACCACAUUGAUUAUUUAAACAAGACACGAGUAGUACAAUGUGGAAAGGAACAUUACGAAUUUGGAGGACUUUGGUGGAUGCUUCCGAUAAUUAUAGGAGAAACUUGCUUUGCAUUCUAUCCUCUUUUGUUGACGAAAAUAGGAAUGAAAUUAAAGGUAAUAUCAAAAACAAUACAGAAAGAAAAACGAACUUUAACUGUUCGAACAAUGGCAAAUUUUGCUGAAAUAAACCAUUCUUACAGCGCUGAUACUGAUCAUUAUCAUGACAAACAUUUUUAUAUCUCAUCAAAAUAUUCCAGUCCCAUAACAUUCUUAUCAACGAUUUGUUCUCCUUUAUACGGCUGUGAUCUAAAUAACCCCAUAAUCUCACGUGCUUUACGAAUUUGGAUAAUCAUUCUACCUAUGACACUUUCCGCUAUCCGUAUUGCAGUCGAUUACGUUUAUGCCAAGGAUGUCGUGAUCGAUGCAGUUAGAAAAGGCGCUCUUGUCGGCUUCAGUUCUAUCAUUGCCGGACCAAGUGAGGCAAGGCAGCAUUUUUUAUAUAUUUUUUAUGGACCGGUUACUGCCCUGACAAUAUAUGUUGUUUUUGGAUGUAUGCUGAUUGUGUUUCCUAGAAAUCUUGAACAGUUUCUAGACGCAGGGUUCCAGGAAACACGUGAACACGUGUUUUUGGCCAAGAUGCCGUUGAAGUUAAAGGAGAGGUUGUCGGGAUUAUCUGUCAAACAUAAAACAGGCUAUCACAAAAUACAUAAAGAGUUUCUUGCACAAAUCUUUAUGCUUUUACAUUGGGAUUUCUGGAGACAGGCAGUUCAAUUGUUCUUUAUCAGAUGGAAAAAGUUUAUAUUUUCAGCGAUGCUUUUCAGAUUGCGAAGUAAGUUCGCAGCGGUUUUGUUAAGCGUUAUUAUUCUUCCACUGUAUUUUAUAUUCAGUGUAACUGAAUUAUGCCUGACAGUUUUAUACUUCGUAUUUCCAGUUAUUAACUGCUUUUUUGUUUUAAUUAAGGCGUUUAUGAUUCACUAUACCGAAUUCUUUAAAGACAGAGGAUUUAUCUUGAAGUUCCUGUGUUACAUAUUGUUUUUACCAAUGCUAAUUCUAUUUUGCAUAACUUGGUAUAUAUACUGCCUUCUUUUCUUUGAUGGAUCAUGGUUUUUAUCCAAAAUAGCUAUGUUUACAUACAGUGGCAUCAUCGCUUACCCGAGGAUUUCUUACGGAUACAUCGUUCUUGUUUUCAUGGCUAUCUACUACGUUACGGAAAGUUUCAACGCCUUUGGUGAGAACUAUAGACAACUUUUGAAACUGAGCAUAGAAGCGUGUGAACGCUUUCAGAUGAGACAUUCCGAUAACUCCGAUGUUGAAAGCUGCAAAGACAAAGACAUUCGAAAUAAAUAUGGUAUCAAGAGUGACCUCUUCCGCAUCAUUGUGGACAGACAUUUACCUAGAAGGAACCAGGUGCUGAUUACCGUGUUGAAGUUUACCUCAAUAAUAACUGUCUUGACAAUAUCAGUCAAGUUAUUGAUAACAUUUAACAGAUUUCAAGACUUAUCUCUUGUGUCUCACGUAUUUACAGUUCUGUUCAUCUGCGCAUUGCCAAAGAUUAUAAGAAUGAUGUGCAUGAAUAACUACAAGUACAAGAAUCGUAGGAGGAAAUUACGCCAGAAGAUUACCCGCACUGUUGCUGAAUACGUAAGAAACAUAACUAGACAUGUAACAGACAGUAAUAAUGAUGAAGAUAGCGUGAAAUCGAGAAACUCUGUGUAUGAAACAUUUGGGGACUGUCAAGAAAAUGAAUAUCAUAUGAUAUAAAUAUAAGAUAUGUAAGGGUAGAAGCAAGUACACUGCUGGCGAGGAAGACUGUAUUUAGCUUAUGUGAAAAUACAUUAUCGUGACACAUAGGUAUUGAUAAUUGAAUACACCAGAAAAAUAUAGACUCAUUUAUAUUUCUUCGGACCAAAAGAGAUAUUUAUAUUUUGACCGGUUGUAGUGAUUUCAUUGUUGAUGAAGUAACAUUCAAAUUCACUGUGCUUUAUCCGCACAAUUCAGCAUUGAUGAAAAAGGUAGGCUAAUUUUGGUGAAUUGCGGAAAUACUGCGUCUUAUUUGUAAGUCAUACCAACACAGUUAAGGCCUUUUGGCGAUUUUCCAGCAUUGAUGAGGAUGAAGAUCCCAGGUGCCCCUCCGGCUAUUAUUUCAGGCACGAACGGGUAUUUGUGCAGUUCCACUGACCUUCCACAUGUCACCUAGUUUGCCUCCUCCUCCCGUGAUGACCAGACCACAGAAGUCAGAGACAAAUGAUUUAGAGUUUGAGGCUUUAACCAUCCAGAGAUUUGCAAAAGUUUCUUAAUGUUUUCAAAGAAUUGUUAGACAUGCUAUACCACGUAAGAUGUGUCACAGUACCCAUUACUUGAUUCACAAGAUACCACGUGACGAUGAGAAAGUCGCAUGGUGCCAAUGCAAAUAAUACAAAAAAACAUUGAGUAAAAUACAACUUCCGACAAAAAUCAAGGAGUACUAUGCAAUUUAGGUUCAAAAGUUAUCUGGAGCUCUUGGUUGUGAUAUAUAUAUAUAUAUUUUUUUUUAAUUAUUGUUUCCCUGUGAAAUUUCAAAAGUGGGUAUUAUUAAAUACGGACCAAACUAUGCAAACGAGAAACAGCAACUUUUGUUUAUCAUCCAUUUUUAUUUUACUGUUAGCCAGCUGCUUCUUCACGUUUAAUGUUCACUGUAAUAAAGUUUAAUGCUUCC